GAAGACGCGUAUUCAUCCACGCCUGCUCCUCUCUCUUCCUCCUUCCUCCUCCAUAUAUAGCAACACCACCACCACCACCACCACCACCAGUCCACCUCGCUCGCUCGUGUGACGUGGCUGCUACCACUCGCUCUGCUCUGCUCCUUGCCUCAGGCUCACCUGCACCACCACCACCUCGCUGCCAACAAGGUAACAACAAGCCGGCCACCAUGUCCGCCUCGCCCGAGUUCUUCAAGCCCGCCGGCGCGCCGGCCUUCUCGCCGGCCUGCGCCGCGCUCCCGCCGCUCGUGUUCGGCGACGACUACGACUACGAUUGCAGGACGCCGACGGGCAGCAGGAUCUCCUACCUCAGGGAGCCCACCACGUGCCCUCCGGCGCCCAGGAAGCCGCCGUGCAGGAAGCGCCUCUUCCAGGGGGAUCAGCCUGCUGCAGACCCCUCCUCCGUCCCUCUCAUCAGCCUCCGCCUCGACGAGCUCGAGCGCCUCUUCCGCCCGCACCCGCACCCGCCACCGCCGGCCACCACCGACAAGCGACGCCGCUCCGCCUCCGCCAACAAACACUGCGCAGCUUGAAGUAGUAAUCCUUUCAACAAGUUGACUUCAAGCUCAAGCUGAGGCUCAAUCUUCACCUUAGCGUAGCUUGCAAGCAGUCUUUCUGCUUUAUUUUCCUUUUCUCACUGCUUGUUGUGUCCCUUGUUGUAACAAGCAACCGCAUUUUUCAGCUAGGAGUGCUUCUUUUUUUUUUAUUUAGUAUUCAUUUACUAGAGUGUUAGUACUUGUGUAAAUCAAUAAUCAAAGUUGCCGCCCUACCAAUACUCCACUCCAGUCUGUAAAAAUCAAUUUUACUACUCUUACUUAUAUACAUAAAAUAAAUGGAAUCAAAAUCUUGCUGCUUAUUCAUUCA